AUGGAGUCAGCAGCUUGGCUCACGCCCCCAGUUCAGUUGACUGGGAGUCGUGCAUUCACUUGUGAUGGCUUCACUAAAGCACAAUGUGCCUGGUAUAUGAAAAGAUGGCAUUUUUGGUACAUCGCGGAUCACGUCUACGCUUUACCUACAGUAGCCUUCUUCAUGAGUGGCAUUGGACUCUUCACGAUUGGCCACUUGAUAUCCUACUACAUUCUUGGCCUUGCUUUUCCGAGAUUCCGUGGUCUUAGACUCUGGCGCAUGUUAAUCACUAUCGUCAGAUAUCUUUCAUACCGUGGAUUCCAUGUUACAUCACUUGGAUUCAACUCGGCUCCCGUUGGAGUGCUGUUACUGGGACUUGUUGGAACAAUUUUCUUUUUUUGCAUGGACUUAAUCCCUCAGCCGUACUAUUGGCCUUCGCUGGAUUUUGGUGGCUCACCACCAUUAGGAACAAGAUCAGGAUGGUUGGCUUUGGGAUGCAUGCCAUUUGUAUUUGCUACGGCAACCAAGACAAACUGGAUUACCUUACUGACAGGCGUCUCGCACGAGAGACUCCAAGUAUUCCAUCGAUGGAUAGCUUACGCCUUUUUUAUACUGGCUCUCCUGCACACCUUCCCGUUUAUUGUCUAUCAUAUCAGAUUUCACGAUAUGCAGAUGCAUUUUAAGAUGAGCCUUUUGUUCUAUUGGACUGGUAUCGUCGCCUUGAUUUUCCAAGCCUGGCUUACCUUUGCGUCCCACAGUGCCAUUCGAAAGCUGUUGGGAUAUGAAUUCUUCAAGGCAACGCACUUCUUCGCAGUUGUCAUAUUCAUGCUUACUUUCUUUUGGCACUGCGACUAUACCCUAACGUCCUGGCACUACUUCAUAGGUACAGGCGCUGUAUACGUUCCCUGCUACGUCUACCCCUGGCUGCGAACCUGCUUUGAGUAUGGUGUACGAGCAAAGGCUCAUGUCAAGGUAGAAGACAACGGUUUCGUCCGUGUCACUAUCCCUGCAAACUUCACAUGGGAAAUAGGACAGCACUGCUUCCUACGCUUUACUGGUUUUGGACUUACAGAAGCCUUGUCAGCGCAUCCAUUUACGAUUUGCUCCUUACCAUCGACAUCUCCAGGUGACCAGUCGUUCCUUGUAUUUUAUCUCAAGAGACACAGAGGUUUUACAGCAAAGCUGUACGAAUAUGCCUUGCAGAAUCCAGGAGCUCAGGUCGCAGUACUGGUGGAUGGACCAUACGGGGGCAUCAAUACACAGUCUUACGUGAACAGCAACCAUCUCAUUGUCAUCGCAGGAGGUUCUGGAGCUGGAUGGACUUUGCCUUUUAUCGAGCAGUAUAUCGCAACCCACACAGCCGAGGGCGAUGAAGACUGCAGAGAAGAUCAAAGAGACAGAUCCCCGUUUUUAUCACUUCGUGUGAUACUAGCAAGUCGAGAUGUUGAGAGCUGCAACUGGUAUCGACAAGUUGUGAGCGAAACCUUGCUUAAGUAUUCAGACAAAAUGGUCUCGGGCUUGUAUGUGCAGCUCUACUGUACCGAUGGAGCCAUAACAGAAUCAAGGCUCCCAUCGAACAGUAGCUUGGUGCCCGGGAAGAAGGAACCAGGAAGCGAAAAAGGGACAGAAAGUCCGGUAUCAUUCGACGAACUGCAUGGUCGUCCCGACUUGCCAGGAGUUGUGAAAGGGGUGGCAAACGGGAUGGCAUCUACCGACUCGCUUGGCAUAUACGUUUGCGGUCCGGACACUAUGCAGAAUGAUGUUCGAAACACUGUCGCAUCUCUGAACUUGGAUAUUCUCAGGGGUGCUGAUUCUGCGGGAGCUUACCUACAUUCCGAACACUUCUCUUGGGCAUAA